GUGCUUUGUUAGUCUAUCUUUUAGACAACAUUACCUUUGUAAUUAACUAAUAAUUCAAAUUUUAAUCUUUCUGCAUUAAUUCGAGAUUCUUCACUCGGUGGUUAUCGUUGUCAGCCAGAAUUAAAAAUAGUAUAGUUUUCUCUUAAUUUUUUUACUAAAACUAAACAAAAAAACUUAUCUUUACGUAUCAUUAGUGGUAGUUAUCGUAUGGACCAAAAAGUCAUAAUUGUUAAUUUUGGGGGUUUGUGGAAAAAGAGAGGAAUGCUUGUUACCUACUCUUAUUAACUUCUCUCAUUCUCUCUUUCUUCUCUGCUACAACAGUCUCUCUAAUCACAUUGAGACAUAGAGAGAGAGAUUUGACAAAAGAAACUUAUUAAAGUCUUCUAAGGUUUAUUUUCUUGCUUUUUGUUGUGUUCUUGUUCUUUUGGCAAAAUGCAGAACAAACACAAAUGCAAGCUUUGUUCCAAGAGUUUCUGUAAUGGCAGAGCACUUGGUGGUCACAUGAAGUCUCACUUGGUCUCUUCUCAGUCGUCGACUCGGAAGAAACUCGGUGACUCGGUCUAUUCUUCUUCUUCUUCUUCCUCCGAUGGUAAAGCUCUCGUCUACGGGUUGCGAGAGAACCCGAGGAAGAGUUUCCGGGUCUUUAAUCCGGAUCCUGAGUCCUCCACCGUUUACAACAGUGAAACAGAGACCGAACCUGAGUCCGGAGACCCGGUUAAGAAACGGGUCACAGCAAAUGUUUCAAAGAAGAAGAAGAAGGCAAAGAGCAAGAGUAAGAAGCAGAAGACGAGUCACGAGUCACCAGAACCGGCGAGUUCUGUCUCUGAUGGUUCUCCGGAACAAGAUUUAGCUAUGUGUUUGAUGAUGCUGUCGAGAGAUUCAAGGGAGCUUGAGAUUAAACUGAAAAAACCGGUUUCUGAGGAGGAAGAGACGAAGCCGGAGAAAAGACAUUUCCCGGAGCUCCGCCGUUGUAUGAUAGAUCUGAAUCUUCCUCCGCCGCAAGACGCCGAAGCUGUUACCGUCGUUUCAGCCAUAUAAAGGUUUCAGAGAUUAGAGUUCCAUCAAAAAUCAAAGAAUCUUGAUGAUUUGGUUUGUCUUCAAGAUUAUUAUUCUUUAUUAGAAAAAACCGUUUAUUGGUUUUGGAAUCUUUGGGAUGAUAUUAUUAUCAAACAAUGUACUUUUGAUGUAAGACAACCAAAAAAAAAAAAAAAGAAGCAAGAAAGAAACUAGCUCUGUUUCUAGUUUUCUUAACAAUUUGAGCUUUCUUGAAUAUCCAGGAUGAUUAUAGAUUGUUGGAUCUUUCUUUGUUAUGUCGUUUUGAUGAUAUUUGGAAUUCUUGAGAUGAUUCUUUUGCAUGAUCUUUCGAUCUUGGAUCUUUUAUUUUAUUAAUGUGUUUUUAAUGGAACUAUUUAAUUUCAA